AUGCCCCGCGUGAAGGCCAUCACAACCGGUUCCAUCCCGUCGUUCCUCGAUGUGAUCCUCAAUUUUGCUGAGUCCGACACCACAUCAACCCUGGCCUAUCAGGACACGUGGCUAGCCCAGAUGAAGGUCAAGGAGGGCGGUAGUCUAAUCUUCUACGGUGAUGACACUUGGUUGAAGCUCUUUCCCGAGACCUUUGUCAGGGCGGAUGGCACUUCGAGCUUCUUCGUUUCGGAUUUCACAGAAGUCGAUAACAAUGUUACGAGACAUAUCCCUCGCGAGCUCCAUGCAAGUGACUGGAAUGCCAUGAUCAUCCAUUACCUUGGCCUGGAUCACAUUGGGCACAAGGCCGGACCGCUGAGCCCAAAUAUGCUGCCGAAGCAGACGGAAAUGGACGGCAUAGUGAAGCAGAUAUACGAAGCCAUCGAGCAGGAGCCGCACUCGCAGUCGACAUUGUUCGUCCUCUGCGGUGACCACGGCAUGAAUGAGGGCGGCAACCAUGGCGGCUCAGCGCCAGGCGAAACUUCUCCGGCUUUGGUGUUCGUGUCUCCAAAGCUGAGAGAGAUCUCUAAUGGACAUGACUGCCCUACUGAGCCAAAGCGAGACUUCGAGUACUAUACUAUGGUGGAGCAGUCGGACAUAGCACCCACUCUCGCCGGGCUGCUUGGUUUCCCCGUUCCGCUCAAUAACUUGGGCGUCUUCAUCCCGAAGUUCCUGGACUUUUGGCCUGAGGGCAAGGACCGUAUACAACUGCUGCAUAGGAACGCUCUGCAGAUGCUCACUAUUGCCAAAGCCACGUUUCCCGAUUCAAACUUCGAUAACCACCUCCUGGAGAUGGACUGUACAAAGCCGUCCUCGAGCGGAGAUGAACUUGCUUGUUUGUGGCGGAGAGCAACUCAUAUGCUCCGCCGAGCGGAUGACUUCAGAUCUAGGCCGGAGGACAUCUUGGCAGCGCUCUUAGAGUUCUGCAGACGCACCCAAGCUGUCCUCAGCCAGACAGCAAGCAACUACAACCUCACACGCCUGGUGCUCGGUAUCGCUGCUGCUACCAUCUCGCUAGUGCUUGCUGUGGCUGCUUCCCACCGUGAUCUGUCGCAACUCAGAUCAUCCGCCACCCUCUUCGGGCUACUACUAGCCCUUUAUUUCAUAAUGAUGUUCGCAAGUAGCUAUGUUGAGGAAGAGCAGCACUUCUGGUACUGGAUCACUCCGCCGUGGAUCUGCUACGUGAUAUUGUUUGCGUCUCGCGAUAGGGCUUCGACGCUUACUGGCAAAGGUGCGUUGAUCGCGCUCUGCGGACUCGUGAUUCUUAUCUGCCUCCGCAUAGCCCGCCGCUGGAACCAAACCGGCCAGAAGCACGCCGGUGCGCCAGACAUUGUAAACAGCUUCCUCACCCACCAUCAAAUCCUCUUGUGGUUGACAAUCAGCUGCACCUACGUCCUGCUUGCUAUCCGCCUUGGACUGCGCUUGUCAGUCCCUGAUAGAAGAGGGAUCACGCUUGUGGGCCGCAUCGUGACCGCAUGGCUCUGUGCUGCAGCAUUCGUGUUCAAGCUCAGCUUCACCGCUAGAGAUGCGCCGGAGCUGGUUGAUGGCCUACCUGAGGAUGUUAUAACAGGUGUACUUCAGCUGUCACUCGUUGGACUAGUAAGGACGGUCUUCUGGACGCUGCUGGUAGGAGUCUUACUGCUUGUUGGACAGCAUAUGUCCUCGGACAAGAAUGAAAAGCGCACAAACCUAGCACACCCCCUCCACGACCUCGUCGAAGCCUUCCUCAUGACCCAAACGCGAGCACAAAACAUUCCGCUCUACCUCCUUUUCCGCACCAUAUUCUGGAGCCUAGUAUCACUCCGCCUGCCACCAACCAUCAUCACCAUCACCACUCUCCUCCUCUCUCAUUUCUCCUUCUUCGGGCUCGGCAACAGCAAUGCUAUCUCGUCCAUCGACCUCUCGAAUGCCUACAAUGGCGUCUCGGGCUACAAUGUCAUCGCUGUAGGCUCUCUCCUCUUUGCAAGUAACUGGGCCGGGCCGAUUUGGUGGGCUUGUGCUGGGGUCUGCUUUUUGCUUGAGAGUGAGGGUGCUGCGGCGGAGGCGGAGGAAAGAAGGGGUGACGCUGAUGGGUCAAGAAAGUGGAUUCGGGAAGAGCGCGAGAGGUUGCGGCUUGCAGCGGUCGUAUCUGAUAGGGCAGAGUCCGCGGAGAAGGACGCGGGGCAGAGUGUUACGUCAAGUUCCGAUUCAGCAACUCCUCCAGUCACAACGCCUCAGGACGAAAAGGCCUCCGGCCUCUUUAUCCACAUCGCGACCUCGACAAUCUUCACAGCGCUUAGCCUCGUGGCCGUAAUGGCGGCCUGUACGGCGCUCCGAACGCACCUCUUCAUCUGGACAGUCUUCAGUCCAAAGUACCUUUAUAGCAUGGCCUGGAGCAUGGCGUAUCAUCUUGGGAUUAGUGUUGGGCUGUUUAGCGCGCUGUGGUGGGCGGGGAGGCUUUGA